CCGAGCUGGCUCCAGCCUGCGCUCCGGCUCCCCUUCCCGGGCUCUGCGUCUGCCGCUCGAGGUGCUGCGCUCCGCCGACGCGCCGAGGAUCCCGGACGCCAGCUCCGAGCUGGGUCCGGGCAGCUCGGCUCCCACCGCGGAGGUGAGCGGGCUCCGAGGCUGAGGAGAGGGGAGAUUGGGGGGCACCUGCAGCCAAGGGCAGUGGAGGAAGAAAUGGCAGGCCCUAGUCAACUCUGCAUUCGCCGCUGGACUACCAAGCAUGUAGCGGUGUGGCUGAAGGAUGAAGGUUUCUUUGAGUAUGUGGACAUUUUAUGCAAUAAGCACCGACUUGAUGGAAUCACAUUACUCACCCUGACUGAAUAUGAUCUUCGAUCUCCUCCUCUGGAAAUCAAAGUCCUAGGAGACAUUAAAAGGUUAAUGCUCUCAGUCAGAAAAUUGCAGAAAAUCCAUAUUGAUGUUUUGGAGGAGAUGGGAUACAGCAGUGACAGUCCCAUGAGUCCCAUGAGUCCGUUCAUCAGCGCUCUUCAGAGCACAGACUGGCUCUGCAAUGGAGAGCCCACACACGACUGUGAUGGACCCGUCACUGACUUGAAUUCUGAUCAGUACCAGUACAUGAAUGGCAAAAACAAACAUUCUGUUCGAAGACUGGACCCAGAGUACUGGAAGACCAUACUGAGUUGUGUAUACGUUUUUAUAGUAUUCGGGUUUACAUCUUUCAUUAUGGUUAUUGUUCACGAGCGAGUUCCUGACAUGCAGACCUAUCCACCACUCCCGGAUAUAUUCUUAGACAGUGUUCCCAGGAUCCCGUGGGCCUUCUCCAUGACUGAAGUGUGUGGCAUGAUUCUGUGCUAUAUUUGGAUCCUGGUUCUUCUUCUUCACAAGCACAGGUCAAUCCUUCUGCGAAGGCUCUGUAGUCUGAUGGGCACUGUAUUUUUGCUUCGCUGCUUUACCAUGUUUGUGACCUCGCUCUCCGUGCCAGGACAGCACCUGCAGUGCACUGGAAAGAUAUAUGGAAGUGUGUGGGAGAAACUACGCCGGGCAUUUGCCAUUUGGAGCGGCUUUGGUAUGACCCUGACUGGUGUCCACACUUGUGGAGAUUACAUGUUCAGUGGCCACACAGUUGUUCUAACCAUGCUGAAUUUUUUUGUCACGGAAUAUACACCAAGAAGCUGGAAUUUCUUGCAUACUCUAUCCUGGGUUCUCAACCUCUUUGGAAUCUUCUUCAUCUUGGCUGCCCACGAACAUUAUUCCAUUGAUGUGUUUAUUGCCUUUUAUAUCACAACAAGACUCUUUUUGUACUACCAUACUCUGGCCAAUACCAGAGCAUAUCAUCAGAGUAGGAGAGCAAGAAUUUGGUUUCCUAUGUUUUCUUUCUUUGAAUGCAAUGUUAAUGGCACAGUACCUAAUGAAUAUUGUUGGCCUUUUUCUAAACCGGCAAUAAUGAAAAGACUAAUUGGAUGAAGACUGUAUCUCUGUGAUGAGUUUGCUGUUAAAUAUACAGUAGUUACGGAAUGAAAAUGAAUAACUUUGCUUUGUCCCCAGGUUGUUCCUGGAUAUGUUGCAUUUUUGGCUUAUAUGUUGACAGAUUUCCCGUUCUGAGCAAGUCUGUGACUAUAAAACUCAAGAAAGAGCAACCAAGACUUCUUACCUAGCUGUUUAAACAAAGAGCUCAAGGAGGGAUUUCCUGCCCCUCCUUCAUUGCAGGAAGAUCCAUUGUGUGGGUGAUGUGCAUGCUGAGUGUUUGCUUGCUGAACUCAAACACAUCAGCUUGGGCAGGUUGAUGGUUUUUAUUGAUUUCCAGUAGGACUCAAGUCAAAUGUUUUUUGAAGCUCUUUCCCCCUAGCGGGUGACCCAGUCUCACUUCUUCCUUGAGCUAAUCUGUGUCUGUCUGGAAAGUGAUUGUCUUACUGGUAAAAAUGUUUUACCCUUUGAACCAUUUUUAAGAAAAGUGUAUUGAACACAGCAGCUGGUGUGAAACAAGAAGAGAACGCAAGGGGCCCUGUGUGUGGUGACAUGCUGGUCAGGUGUCGUUGACCUUCCCACUAAUGCAAAUAUGGGGUCAGCAAGGGGCCCCGUGUGUGGGGCGAUAUGCUGGUCAGGUGUCGUUGACCUUCCCACUAAUGCAAAUAUGGGGUCAGCAUUUUCACCGGAGGUGCAGUUCCUGUUUUGUUUUAAAGCUUCAGUGUGAACAGUAGGAAGGAUUUGUGAGGGAAACAGCCGCCUUAGUAAUAGUAAAGUGGGGUCAUUUUAGUGCUGUAAGUGUCUGGAGUAAAUUUGUGUGGCUAGGCAGAUGACAGCCCAGUGUAUGCUUUUCUUAAUGAUGUGAUUUAGUGAGACAAGGAAGAGGGUUUACCAGAUGUUAAAGUUCUUAUGUCAGUAAAUGAGUAAAUGUGCAUGCAAAGAAGUCUUCCUUCUAAUGAAAAAAUUCUACAGGUUGUAGGCAUAGUCUUAACGCAGUGGGGAUUUUUGUUUUAUUUUCCUGAAAUUUCUCAUUUUUGACUGUUGAAAGUAAACAGUCUGAUAACAUACUUGGACACUAAAAGCUUGUUGCUUUUUAUCUUAAAAAUAAUUGUGUACAUACAUUCUUUCUAUAGUUUUAAUUUGGCAGUCAAGAACUAAAACGAAUUAGCUCUGUUUGCAUUAGAAAAUUACCUUCAGUGAUUAAUUUUACCUCUGAUACCAUCUGUCAUUUUAGCUUUGACCUUAUCCUAGUUAUAGAAUUGGAAAUUGACCUCCAACUUAAACAAGUGGAAUACGAAUUGUGUAGAUUUUACAUUCCAUUUCAAUACAAGGACUUUGAGGAGGUGCUGGCAUACUGAGGUCUCAGUUAGACCACAGCAUUUAUUUCUUCUCUGUUUGGAUGAAAUAAUUCAUUAUUGCAAUUGGAGUCAUAGUCCCACCCUCUCUGAAGCUACCUGAGUGAAUUAGGCAGGAAAGGGAUAUUAGGCAAGCAGGUUUCAGCCCGUGCUGAACAACCUCGCUCUGGGUCUGUGGAGACAGCACUCGUUUGUGACCUGAGAAGUGAUGUGAGACGACUCAGGUUUGAUUAUGUUUUUAAAUCUUAUACUGCAGAAUCUUACGGUGUUUUAAAUUGCUGAUUCUGUUACAAGCCAGGAUCAAAAAUGCCAAUAUCUCAUGUAAAGAGAUUACAUAAUCAUGGGGUGAAGGAUUUCCGUGCGUGUUUUAAGUGGUUUGACUUGUGGUCAGAGGCCGUUACUGCCACCCUCUUACUCAGUCCCCUGACAUAGCAUGUCAAACCCAACUUAGCUAGGGGGAGCUAGUGUUGACUUUUGGAGACUGUUCCAAAAACACGUGUCAACAUUAAUUUUAAAUGUUAAACUAUAUUAAUGGUAAAUGUCUUAACAUUAGGCUUCUCUCCUCAUAUGGAUUAUUGUAGAAAAAAUAGAAAAGUAAAUGCAGGUAGCUUUGCUGUGCCAUUGCAGCCCACAGUGUCAUUGUGAGAGGCCUCGCAGUUACUCCCAUUUGUUUGAAGAAAGGUAGGCUAGAUAGUAAGCUAUUAGCUAUUAUAAGACAGUGUUUACAUGAGGUAAUCAUCUUCAGGUCUCAAAACUGAGACAAUUAGCUUUCAGUUUUUGUCUUUACACCCUUUCUUUUGUUGAAAUCUUAACUGUAGAGAAGAUAGAGUUUAUGUUUACAUUCUGGGCAGGAUGUGGCUGGGUGGAGAGGCUCCAUGCCUUUGAAUCUUGUAGUUGAUUCUGCAGUUGUACAAGGAUUUCAUCGUUGACAACUUAGUACAGAAGGAAGGAAAGGUUUUGAGUUUGGGGAUUCAAACUGGGGGUUCUGUAAGAAGACCUUGAUGGAUUGCCUAUGUUCUAGAAACAGUGUUGUUGCCUUCCCUGUGGUGCUAAACCUGGGGCUGUGUGUGCCCGGCAAGGGCUCAGCUAUUGAUCUACAUCUUAAACUUGGGGCUGUGUGUGCCCGGUAAGGGCUCAGCUGUUGAUCUACAUCCUCAGCUCUCUGUUUUAUGGGGCAAGGCAGGGCAUCUUAUUGAAAGGGAGCUGGUAGGAAAGGAAUGAGGCAGAAACCUUUUUUGUCUGUGUUGCAGUUCCCAAUAGGCUGUCCUCCAGUCCUGUCUGACCAGACUUGCUAUGGCAAAAAUACUACUUUUAUUCAUGCUGGUUCUAAAUGUUAAUAAUCUUCCAAAUCGAAAGCUAUAGGCUUCGUUUUAGAAUCAGUCAAUUUCAUAAACUAGAAAAACCACUGCCAGGAGCAUACCAUUGACACUGUGAGUGGCGGCGGCCCUCCUGCCUGCCUGUUACGACCGAGAGCUGGCAGAGAUCAGAGGAGCAGAUCCUCCUACAGCAGAGAGGAAGCAACCUGUUUUAGGAACAUGUGUGCAAAACUUGUCUUUUUCUCCUCCCUCUCCCCCUUUUUAAAAAUUUUUAAAGUUAUUUUUUGUUUUUGAGGCAGGGUUUCUCUGUGUUGCCUGGGCUGUCCUGGAAUUCAGUCUGUAGAUUAGGGUAGCCUCGAACUCAGGGAUCCACCUGUCUUUGCCUCCCGUGCUGGGAUUAAAUUCAAAUUCAUGACAAAAACCUGCUUUGAUCAUAUUUAGCAAAAGCAAUUUUUGUCACUUAAAGAUUUCUAGAGCUAAAAUCCUUAAGAAUAUUUAUGGUGUUCUUAAAUUCCCUAAUUUAAUACACUUAAUUAUUUGAUAGUCUUUUGUAGAAAGAGAUCCCAUAGUCAAAGCAGUGAAAGCACCUGUCAGCCCGUUAAGGUUCUCAGCCCUUGGAGACAAGAGCACUCCUUAGAAUAGUUUAUUUGCUUUUCUUCAUCCAGUGUGAAAGCCGCCAAAGCAUGUCAGUUUAAUGACAGCUUUACACAGUUUAGACAGUUGCUGUUAUCCGUAGCUUAGCUUGACCUCGGUCGUCCUGCCUGUACCUCUGCAGCUGGGGAUUGGUGAAUCCCAUGAGCGCUCGGAGAGCUUCAGCUGGCCGGCCGGAACGAAGAUUCUGUUGUCUCUUCUCUUUGUGAGAGCUGUAAACGGCUGAUAGUGUUUAGAAGGGGUUGUUGGGUCACCUGUCAAGUCACAUACCUAACGUGGUAAACUAUCGUAUCAAGUCCAGCACAAAUGCCUGUGAGCUCUAAGUUAUUUCCCCAGCUACACUGAGUUGUUCUGAGGAUGCGUUCUACUGUGUGUUAAUCAAAGGCCUCUAGUGUGUGUCUCCUGUCUCUGCAGAAGGAAGCUUGUGCUUUGACAGAAGGAAUAUUAUGAAGUUGCUUGUUUUCUUCAUUGUUAUUUCACAUCUCUUUUAAUCUGAGCUACUGAUUUUCUGAAGAACUAAACAGCCUGUUGUCAUUAACAUCUUUAAAAUGUUUAAUUUUAAUAAUUUUUCAUUGAAGAAUUCGUGGAUUGUUAGGAUAACGAAAGUUUCUGCUAUGGAACGAAGGAGGUGAAACUAACUCAGUGGAGCAGUUUGCGUGGACUAAGCUGGGCGUGUCUCCCUUUCCACAGAAAAACUAGUGUUACUUGAAGAUAUGGAAGUUCCUAUGGUAGCCAUACCUUGAAGCACAGUGUUGUAUAUAAGUAAAUACCUGAUUCUAAAUUAAAUCCAGAUUUAACUAAUAUAUUAUUUUAUAUCUUUGUUGUAUUAAAAAUGUUUUAAAACACUAAAAAUAAAACGUUUGAAAGUUGA